AUGAGUGCCCUCAGUGGGGGAGGGAUUCUUGGCUUGACAACCGUAUCCAUCACUCUGGACUUCAGCCUGCACAGCAGCUUGAUGGCUUGGCCGCUGAGUCACAACUUGACUGGGAAUCACAGUUUGCCAACAACAGAUCCUCUGAAUUCCUCCAUGGGGGCAGACAUCUCUCGGAAGUCCAUCAAGGAGAAGAACUGGCCAGCCCUCCUGAUUCUGGUCAUCAUCGUCUUGACUAUUGGUGGAAAUAUUUUGGUUAUCAUGGCGGUCUCCUUGGAGAAGAAGCUCCAAAAUGCCACCAACUACUUCCUGAUGUCCUUGGCUGUGGCAGACAUGUUGGUGGGCAUUCUGGUGAUGCCAGUCUCUCUGAUCACUAUUCUCUAUGAUUAUGCCUGGCCUUUGCCUAAACAACUGUGUCCCAUCUGGAUUUCCCUAGAUGUCCUCUUUUCCACGGCCUCCAUCAUGCACCUUUGCGCCAUCUCCCUCGACCGUUACGUCGCCAUCCGCAACCCCAUUGAACACAGCCGGUUCAACUCCCGCACCAAGGCCAUCAUGAAGAUCGCUGCCGUCUGGACCAUUUCGAUGGGUAUUUCACUGCCCAUCCCAGUCAUCGGCUUGCAAGAUGAUUCUCGGGUCUUUGUGAACGGAAGCUGUGUCUUGAACGACGAAAACUUUGUCCUCAUUGGCUCCUUUGUGGCGUUCUUCAUCCCGCUGAUGAUCAUGGUGGUGGCCUACUGCCUGACCAUCCAGGUCCUGCAGAAGCAGGCGUCUCUCUUCCUCUACGGGGAGCCCCUCAAGCCGAGGAGGAGCAGCCUGAGCUGUGUGAGGAAGGACCCCAACGUAGAGAACCUGUCCAUGCUGCAGAACCACGAGGCAGCUUCCCACUUAAACUCUCCGGUCAACAAAGAAGGAGUUCUUUUCCGGAAAGGCACCAUGCAGUCCAUCAACAACGAACGCAGGGCUUCCAAAGUCUUGGGGAUCGUCUUCUUUUUGUUCCUGAUUAUGUGGUGCCCGUUUUUUAUCACAAACAUCAUGUCCGUUCUCUGCCAGGAUGCCUGCGACAAGGCGGUUCUCCGUGAGCUUCUGGACGUGUUUGUGUGGGUGGGCUACAUCUGCUCGGGGGUCAACCCCCUGGUCUACACACUCUUCAACAAGAUCUACCGCAGGGCUUUCUCUAACUAUAUCCGGUGCCGCUACGAGAGUGGGAAAAGGGCCUCCCAGCUGCACAGCCAGUGCCCCAACGUCUCCUCCACAGCCUUCUACGGCAAGGAUCUCAACUUGAACAGUUACCGCCAUGAACUCAACAGCACGGAGCUGGACGAGAUGGAGGCGGCUUUGGAAAUACACGUAGGGACCCCGGAGACCUCUGUCAACAGCUGCAGCGGUGAAAAAACAAGUAGCGUGUAAACUUACACGCUUCUACUCACCUCUGAAUCUCGCAGCUACGAACAAUGUUCCUGCUAGUCAAAGAACAAUGUAAAUAUGGCAUUACGAACAAAACCUUUUUUCCCCCCAUUUCCG